AUGAAGCUGUUCGUCUUAUUAUGUUUGGUCGCCGCUGCGUUCGCCGCACCACCAUUUGACGCUGACAUAUUACGUUACGAUAAUAAUAAUAUCGGAGUCGGAGAUUUCAGCUACGCAUUCGAGUCGUCUGAUGGAACCAAGCAAGAGGCAGUAGGAGAGCUCAAGAACGAAGGUCGGGACGGAGAAGCGCUGAAAAUAAAAGGCUCUUACUCCUGGGUGGCACCUGACAACGUUCGUUAUUUAGUCACAUACGAAGCUGAUGAAUUGGGUUACAGAUCCAACAUACAAAAAGACGGUGUGUCAAAGGCUUUGUUCGCU